GGACAUCGUCACCCUGUCAGCAGAUAGGAAAUGGCGAGGCGAAGCGGCCUCACCGACGCUGCGAGUGUAAGAGCGAGAGCCCCGGUUGUUUAACUCGGUUGACCGCCCGGACGUUUUCAUGGUGGACUAAGGCCGAGCUUGUUCGAGCCCAUGGAGCCCCAUGAGGAGAAGCCCAUCAUCUACACGAUGGAGAACAAACCCAUAGUGACGUGUGCCGGGGACCAGACGCUCUUCACAGGUCUCUACAGUUUGCUGGCACAGCAGCUGCCCAGAGAGCCAAUGGAGUGGAGAAGGUCGUAUGGGCGAGCACCAAAGAUGAUCCACCUAGAGGCUAAUUUUGUGCAGUUCAAAGAGGAGCUGCUCCCUAAAGAGGGGAACAAAGCUCUUCUUACAUUCCCCUUCCUGCACAUCUACUGGACUGACUGCUGCGAUACAGAGACCUAUAAAGCCUCCGUGAAGGAGGAUAUGCAGCGGUGGCAGGGCGUCCUGCGGCUGCACGGCUCCUCAGACUGGCUCAUCGUGGUGGUGGAGAGCGACGGAAAGAAGAAGAACAAAACCAACAUCCUGCCCCGCACCUCCAUCAUGGACAAGAUCCGCAACGACUUCUGCAACAAGCAAAGCGACAGGUGUGUUGCCCUGUCGGACCCCCUGAGGGAAUCUACUCGCUCUCAGGAGUCGUGGAGCUCGUUCCUGACGAAGCUGCGCACUCUGCUUCUCAUGUCCUUUACUAAGAACCUGGGUCGCUUUGAAGACGACAUGCGUACGCUCAGAGAGAAACGUACCGAGCCUGGCUGGAGCUUCUGUGAUUACUUCAUGGUCCAGGAGGAGUUGGCGUUUGUGUUUGAGAUGCUACAGCAGUAUGAAGAUGCCCUCGUCCAGUACGAUGAACUGGAUGCUCUCUUCACCCAGUAUGUGCUCAACUUUGGAGCCGGAGAUGGAGCGAACUGGCUGGGUUCGUUUUGCCAGCCGGUGCGGAGCUGGAACGGGCUGCUCCUGCGCAGACCCAUAGACAUGGAGAAGCGGGAGCUGAUCCAGCGCAGUGAAGCCAGCCUGCUUGACCUGCGCAGCUACCUCUUCUCCCGCCAGUGCACUCUGCUUAUCUUCCUGCAGAGGCCAUGGGAGGUCACGCAGAGGGCACUGGAGCUGCUACACAACUGCGUCCAGGAGCUGCGUCUGCUGGAGGUAUCAGUUGUUCAGGGGGCACUGGAUUGCUGGGUGUUCCUCAGCUGUUUGGAGGUGCUGCACAGGAUUGAAGGCUGCUGCGAUCGCGCCCAGCUGGAAGCAAAUUUCUCACACACUGUAGGCCUCUGGACGUACGCUACUGAGAAGUUAAAAUCCCUGGGCUACAUGUGUGGUCUAGUCUCGGAGAACGGGCCCAACUCUGAGGAGCUGAACCGCACUGUGGACCUGCUGGCAGGCCUGGGGGCAGAGAGACCGGAGACAGCUAACAGUCCUCAAAGCCCAUAUAAAAAGCUCAAAGAAGCCCUAUCAUCUGUGGAAUCGUUUGAAAAACACUAUCUGGAGCUGUCCCACGCUGCUCUGGAGAUGUACAGAGCUAUCGGGAGGAUGCGCUCAGCUCGGCUGGUGGGGAAGAGCCUUGCUGAGUUCUACAUGAGGAAAGGCGAUGCUCAGACAGCACAGACCUUUCUGCUGGACUCUCUGAAGUCGUACACGUCCGAAGGCUGGAGCUUGCCGGUGACGCACACACGCAAGCAGAUUGCGGAGUGUCAGAAACAGCUCCAGCAGACAGAGGAUUACCUGCAGACGAGUGCCCUGCUGGCCAGUGAUGCCAACCUAACGGACGAAGAGAGGAAGCACUACUGCCAGGAAAUUCUCACAUUCGCUAAUCAAGCCUCAGAAAACAAAGAUCAGCGCGUGGCUCUAAGCAUGAGCUCGUUCGCGCAGCUCCGGGAGCUGCGGUUCCAACCCGCCGCAGCGACGGUACACGUGGGCGCCGCCCUGCAGUUGGAGCUGCGUCUCUGCAGCCUGAUGCCUGUACCCGUGCGGCUGGAGCAGGUGGCGGCCAGCGUCCAUUUCUCAUUGGAGCAGCCGGGCACGCGGCCCGGACCUGUGGGCUCCCAGCGGCGCACAGGAGUCAGCCCUGAUGGUACAGUCACCUUCCCAGCCACAAGCCCUUCCUACGGGCCGCCACAGAGUUCAGCUGCUGCUGCACUGGAGCUGUACGAGAUGCAGGACCGCAGCCCCUCAGACAACACGCUCAACUCAACCGGAGUCAUGUGCAAGAACGUUCACCUGCUGCUGCGGAGCAACGACAGCACUACAUCCCUGGACAUGCCUAGAGGCUCAGCGUCUGCCCUCACCAUGGAGGACGGAGCACAGAUGCUGAAGACGAAUGACGUGACCUUGUUGCCCGGCAGCAACAGCAUCGUCUUCAGUGCACCAAGUAUGCAGGCUGGCACAUACACUCUGCGGCAGUUGUGUGCGACAGUGGGACGGGUGCAGUUUGUGUUGCCCCACAUUUAUCCCAUCGUGCAGUAUGACGUCUACUCUCAAGAGCCUCAGCUGACCAUUGAGCCGCUCACAGAUAACCUGCUGGCAGGUCUCCCUCAGCGGGUGAAGUUCACUAUCGUAACGGGCCACUACACAGUGAAGAAGGGUGAUGCCCUGCAGCUGACCAACUCCACCUCCAUGCCCAUCCUGCACUCCUCUUCCUGCUCUGCCUGCAUCCUCUCCAGCACUGAAGAGCUGGUGGGGGAAGCUGCGCUGUCCAUCCAGGCCUCAGAGAAGGUGACGAGUAUCUCUCUGCCCCCGACUCCACCCUACCACAUCUUAGAGUUCCAGCUGGAGGUGCUGUGCCACAUCCCACCAUCCCCUACGCGGGCUGAGAGUGAGCGUCUUACUAAUGGAGAGGUCCGCCACCGACCCAAGAGCCGCACGCGCUACAACAGCGGCAUGGCCUCUAUCGACCAGAAGGUAUCUAUUGAUUGUCCCUGGUCUAUUUACUCCAUCCUCAUCUCCCUCACCUUCUACACACCCUUCAGAGCCAAGCACUCACUACUGUCUGCUGGGAAAAGGAAGUACAUCCAAGUGUGUCUCCAAAACGUAUCGGACACAAACUUCUGCAUCGCCAAUCAGACGCUCACAGAGCUUCAGCACACGCCCUCACUGGAGCUGCUCUCUCUCAAUGCUAAAUCACGCCAGCUGGUGUACAGUAAGCAGUGUUUGUACAGUCUGUGGGAGAUGAAGUGGAGCAGGGAGACAUUGCCACCAUGUUUGCAGUGUGUUUUUAAUGCCAGCUUCUCACCAGCUGAUGCUCCAGACACAGCACUCAAACCCUACAGCUACGAGUUUCAGCUGGAGAGAGUCUCGACACUGUACACUGUGAAGGCAGAUAUCCAGCCUGCGGUGGGGGAGGAGCAGUGCCGCGCCGGCUCCCUCUGUCGGCUGGAGGUAUCGAUCACGCGUUUGACGGACGCUACUGAGGCGGAGAGAGAGGAUGAGGAAGCCAUAGAGACUGAAGGUCUCCGAACAACCAAACUCAUGUAUGAGGUGGUGGAUAACAGCAGUCACUGGGCAGUGUGUGGGAAGAGUUCAGGCUUGGUGUCCAUGCCCGUAGCAGCAAUGGCAACGCACAAAGUUCAGAUGGAGGUCAUGCCGUUGUUUGCGGGCAAACUGCCCUUUCCCAGCAUCAAAGUGUUUAAGUACCUGCCCCAUACUGCUCCACCCAUGACCCAGCCUGACACAGACUCCUGCCUAGAGAACGACAACCUCUCCCUACUGGACAAAGGUCUGGAGGACCAGGCGGACACGGCCAGCCUCCGCAGUCGAGGAAGUGUCCACUCCCUGGGCAGCAGUGAUCACCAGCAGCAGCAGAGGAGUGUGCCCAUGCCCAGGCUGGAUCCCUUCAGCCCGGGGCAGGUGUUUAACUGCAGCCUGACUCGCCAGGUCCUGGUGCUGCCCAGCACGGACGACCACGUGCUAGAGGUCAACGUCACAUGACGCCAAUGGAAGGCCCCGCCCCGCCUGGUUCUGGACCCUGGUUUCUGUGAUCUGACUGGACAGGAGACAGGGGUAGAGAGGGGCACUGGUGCGGGGCAGUGGGGCAUCCCUAUCUCUGGACUCAGUGGACGGACGUUGGACGUCGGGCCGGACUAAACACAAACACCCAAAAAAGAGUUUUAAAAAAAAAUCAUCGCUGGAGCCUGAGAAUCCGUUUGCUGUCUUAUCGUUUCUGUCUUACUCGUCCGUACUGUUUUCUGCUCGUUCCAUCACUGGGAGAUGGGUUCUGACUGGAAAGCCAACUGUCUCUCUCUCACCUUUUCCAAAGCCCCAGUCUAUCUCUCUCUUUCUCUCUCUCUCCCCCCCCCUCAAAACCCAACUCAAAAUCUCUCCUUUCUCCUUACUCUCUCUAUUUAUCUCUGUCAUUAAGCAGCCUUGGACUUCCCGUGAUGCCUUGCUGCCUCUCGCCUCCCCACUUUGAACUUCCUCCUCCAGAGGAAGUCUGCAUUACUACAACUGUGACCGAGUCACACUAGCUAAGAUUCUCUCUCUUUCUCACACAGAGAGUGUGCGAGUGAAAGUGCUGAACAUGGUGUACUGUUUCUGACCCCGGGCUCACAUGCAUGUAUGCCCUUCCCAAUCCUGAUCAAGGCCUGCGAUCGGCCGAGGAGGGACAAAGAGGAGGCUAAGUCCUGCUGGAUUCUUUACUGUUUAGAAUCGCCCUGCUUGCUCAUGCUGCUCCACCGUGCUUUAUGUCCAGUGUUGCUGUGUGUGUGCGCGUGUGCGCUCGUGCACAUUUGCGGAAUUCUUCAAAAUAAAUGUGCCAGAAAGGGUUCAGUGCCAUAGAGAAGCUAGCUUAAUGGGAAGGUUCUUUAAAGAAUCCGUUUUGUGAAUGAGUUGAGCAUGUGUGGAAGCUUUAUAAAGCCGCAAACUAUUCCGGAGUCUUUAUUUUUAAGUGUGUGGGUGUGUGCAGACCUGAGAAAGGGGAAAUGGUACGCUGGAGCAGCGACUCCAGAAUACCUAGAUGUGCGCACACACUCUGGUCCUGCUGGAUCACAGUCUCUGGCCCUGUACAUGGUGUUAAAUAUCAAAAUAGUACUGAAUAAUCAGUCGCUGUCACAACUGCAUUGGCUGCACCAAAUACUGACAGAGAGGAAGUGGGAGACUCUGAAGCUGAAGAGGUAAUUACUUUUUUCCAUCAGACAAAUUUUGCCUUGUUUUUCUUUUUCAUUUUGUUCAUUUGUAGCUCAGGCUUUCCUUCACUGUUGUGCCAUUACUGUAGUUUUCAUUCAACUAUUUUUCAUUCAACUCAGUUGCAGCUUCAUUUCUAUGGAGAAUAUACAGACUAUCACAGGUUUGGAAACUGUGUGCGCGUGUCCCCCCAAUAAAAGCAGAACCCCAGUAACUGUUGCACAUCAAGCCAAUUGGCAUAUUUUGUUUUACACAGCAAUGAGUUAAAAACUUACCAAAGUACAAUCCAGAUUCUAGUCACAAGUAACCAAGUGUAAACAGGGUUUUAGAUGCUGCCGCUUGCCUGUUUUUCCCCAGAGGGAACUGACUUAAUUUGUUGCCUAAUCUGUAGAUCCCACCCUAUAACAAAUGCUACUUUAGAUUAAAAAAAAAUCAGUGAGUUCCUGUUUACCUGUAAGUUCAAUGGUUUUAAAUGUUAUGGCUCCUAAUGUUAGGAAGUGGAAAUGUUCUAGAAGUAUAUACUAUAUUACUGGUGUGCCACCACAGGAAAUCUAGUAUUUGAGCUCUGUGACCUCAGCCUGUCUCUCAUAGCAUCUAUGUGGAUGAACAGCUUGUGUAUUUUUAUCGUGAUGCAACAUCAAACUUGCCCUUUCAGGAGUUCUUUAGUAUUCUCUAUGCAGCCUCAGAGUCUGAUUGCUAUAGAUCACGACUGUUUGCCGCCUUUACAUCUGACAGCACACUUGUGACAUUCCAAUUACGCCUGUGUGACAGUACUCCUGAAAAGGGCUAAGCACAUAACGCCAGUCAUUUGAGUCUAUUUUUGUAUGAUGGCGCUGGUGUGAGGUGUGCGUCUGAAUAUUUGUAUGUUUUUGAGUGAGGUAAACGUACAGCACUAAGCGAUUGGGGUAAUUAGCGAGCAACGGUUGAAGAUUUUGGGGGUAGCUAAAACUGAAGCAAGCGAAGCGUGGGUCCCACAGCGCUGUAAAAGUGGGUUAAUUGUGACGGGCGUUUGCCAGAGGCCAAGUUAGGAGGGAGACAGUAAUUGCGACUUUGCUAAAGCUGAGUGUCAAGGUGUUUAGCUUGAGGGUUGUUUUUUUUUUUUUGCGCACUAAUGAUGAGAAGGGCCUGUGAAGGCUGAAGGCCUGAGGCUGUGUUCCAAAUAGCAGGAAGCACCCAGUUCCCUACUUUCCAGUGUUCUGAAUGGAUGAUAUGGUGUAGAUGGGAUUAUUCAUUGUUGCCACCUGUUAGUUUGGGAGGGUUAAAAAAAAAGGAAAAAAAAAAAAGACAAAAAAUGAAAAGCAAAAAUCACAGGGCUUUGUAUCACUGUUGCUUAUGUGUGCGCUUCAUUGCAGCUUAUGAUGAUUUUUUUUUAUGCACAGUCUUGUAUUUAUUCUGUGAUUCUUAUCCAUCUCUGAAUAAUCCAGGGGUUGCUUCUAUUAAACUUCAGAGUAAGAGUGAUUUUUCUCCCUCCAGUCCUGAUGUGUAUGAUCAUACAGAACUGAGAAAAGGGCAGAGCUGAUCUUUUGCACUCUUACUUCAUACAUAUGGGAGGAGGAUGUUAAAGGGAGACGGUAGCCUUUCAGUUGUUUCUCACACUUGCAGCAGCAGCAGAAGGACUUUGGGCCUACAGCAUGUGAAACACUGGGUCAGCCAACAACGUCAAUUUUCACACGCUCUUUGUAAAUUAUUCCAUCAGUUGAGCACCACAGAUUGUAUUUAGAUUAAUUAUUUAAAUUAAAAGAAUAUGUACGCAUUAUACAAUAAAAAUUAUACAUAUGUUUUAAAGAGA